UAAUCCAUUUUCGAAUCUCUCGGAGUAGAAACAGAGAGAGCAAAACGGUGUCGUCUUACCCACGUGGAUCGCGCCGGUAAUAAUUCUGUUACAACCGGCUAUAUCAAGUAAACCUUUAAAAUAAAAAAGAAAAAAACGGUACGGUCCAUUGGGAUUCACUUUCUACCGUCCGUCUUCGACUAUAAAUAUAACCUUUCUAACUAGUGCUCAUUUUUUCCUUUCCCCUACUAAUUUUUUUCUGCCAAUUUUUUCUUCAUACAACUUUCCGGCGAAAUCGCCGGCAACCACCGUCGUUUACGCCGGGAGAUCUCACUACGCGCUACUUUCUCAAACUUCCUUCAGAUAAAAGACCUAUUUCAGAUAAAUUAGUUUGAUUACUGGAAAAAUGGACGGGCCUGGUGGAAUCAGGAAAAUCAGCUCUCACUGUUCGAUCUCUGAGAUGGAUGACUUUGAUCUCUCUCGUUUGCUUGACAAGCCGAGACUAAACAUAGAGAGACAGAGAUCGUUUGACGAGAGGUCCCUUAGUGAACUGUCUGUUGGUUUUGCAAGGGCUGGAUUGGAUAACUAUGACAAUUGCUCGCCUGGAGGAAGAUCUGGUUUUAAUACACCUGCUUCAUCUACUCGGAACUCGUUUGAGCCUCAUCCAAUGGUUGCCGAUGCUUGGGAAUCUCUUCGAAAAUCUCUAGUCUAUUUCAAAGGCCAACCUGUCGGCACGAUUGCAGCGGUUGAUCAUCAAUCAGAGGAAGUUCUAAAUUAUGACCAGGUUUUUGUUCGAGAUUUUGUUCCAAGUGCUCUAGCCUUUUUGAUGAAUGGUGAACCAGAAAUAGUAAAGAACUUCCUAUUGAAGACACUGCAUCUUCAAGGGUGGGAAAAAAGAGUAGAUCGAUUUAAGCUUGGUGAAGGUGUGAUGCCAGCUAGUUUCAAAGUCCUUCAUGAUGCAGUUAGAAAAACAGAUACUCUUAUUGCAGAUUUUGGUGAAAGUGCAAUUGGAAGAGUUGCCCCCGUCGACUCUGGAUUCUGGUGGAUCAUUUUACUCCGUGCUUACACAAAAUCCACUGGGGACUUAACUCUGUCUGAAUCUGAUAGUUGUCAAAAAGGAAUGAAACUUAUAUUGACUCUAUGCCUGUCAGAGGGGUUUGACACAUUCCCAACUCUGCUUUGUGCUGAUGGAUGCAGCAUGAUUGAUCGAAGAAUGGGUGUUUAUGGUUAUCCUAUAGAGAUUCAAGCACUUUUCUUCAUGGCAUUGAGAUGUGCUCUGUCAAUGCUUAAGCAAGAUACUGCUGAUGGAAAGGAGUGUGUAGAGCGUGUUGUGAAGCGCUUGCAUGCCCUAAGUUUUCACAUGAGAAGUUACUUUUGGCUUGACUUCCAGCAACUAAAUGACAUUUAUCGGUACAAGACGGAGGAGUACUCACAUACUGCAGUAAAUAAGUUUAAUGUUAUUCCGGAUUCAAUUCCAGAUUGGGUGUUUGACUUUAUGCCAACACGUGGUGGCUACUUUAUUGGAAAUGUCAGUCCGGCUCGAAUGGAUUUUCGAUGGUUUGCUCUAGGCAAUUGUGUUGCAAUUCUUUCUUCUUUAGCAACUCCAGAUCAGUCAAUGGCAAUCAUGGAUCUUAUUGAAGCUCGUUGGGAUGAGUUGGUCGGUGAAAUGCCACUAAAAAUUAGUUACCCUGCAAUAGAAAGUCAUGAGUGGCGAAUUGUUACUGGUUGUGAUCCCAAAAAUACCAGAUGGAGUUACCAUAAUGGAGGAUCUUGGCCAGUACUCCUGUGGCUAGUAACAGCUGCUUGCAUCAAGACAGGGCGACCGCAAAUAGCAAGACGUGCAAUUGAACUUGCUGAGAGUCGUUUGCUGAAGGAUGGAUGGCCUGAAUAUUAUGAUGGUAAACUUGGAAGAUAUGUUGGCAAACAGGCAAGGAAAUACCAAACAUGGUCUAUUGCAGGUUAUCUGGUGGCCAAAAUGAUGCUGGAGGAUCCCUCACAUUUGGGGAUGAUUUCCCUUGAAGAAGACAAACAGAUGAAACCAGUGAUUAAAAGAUCAUCUUCUUGGACUUGCUAAAGUAUCCUGGACACUUAAAAAAAGAUAAAUAGUAAAAAGAGAAAGAGAAUAGAGAAAACUUAGAAGAUGAGAUAUCGGUGUUUCUCAUUACACGGCGGUAUUCUUUGUGAUUUUGUUUUUCGUAGGCCUGAUUGGAAGUUUGGCUUGUGUAAAAUAUCUGCCGGUGAGACUGGCAUCAUGCUUUUCCCAAAUAAUUAAGACAUUUCAGUUUUUGUUUCA